AUGUUUACUCAGCGUGCCACCGAGGAGACGGAGAGACCAGACCUUGAUACUAGCAAGAUCAAAGAAUGGCGUUCAAUAGUCACACUAAUAGUCUUUAUCCUAACGAACAUUAAUGUCUUGUUUCCUUUCCACAUACCCAUUUACGCUCCUAGGAUACUAUGGACUCUGUUCCUCAACACGUGCAGUGCAUUGCGCAUCAUCCCGCCAGCACAGCAUCCUACGCGAGUCCGGAAUGGCAAGCUUGGCGCCUUUGUGCGCUUCGACUUUCCCAUGAACUUCAUCACUGCUCCUCUGAUAGCCGACCUCUUCUUGCUUGCCAUUCUCGCUAUUGGCAAGAAGGAGGUAUCCGGAGGUACUCUCGGAGACCAGGGCAUCGUACCAUACGACAUCAUGCUCUUCUUCCUCUCCCUUGCUUACAUCGCCAUUUCCGUCGACGCCUCUGGUCUGAUUAGGUGGCUGGCCUUCAAGGUCUUGCAAAAGGGAGGCAAAGUCGGUCAUCGGCUUUUCUUCUACUUGUACGCCUUUUUCUUCUUGCUUACCAUGUGCAUUGGCAACGAUCCUAUCAUCUUGUCUGGUACCGCCUUUCUCUCAUACAUGACGCGUGUAUCGAGCAACAUCAAGCACCCGAGAGCAUGGAUUUUCACACAAUUCUCCGUCGCAAAUAUCGCCUCUGCAAUCCUGGUUUCGUCCAACCCUACGAAUCUUGUCUUGGCAGGCGCGUUCAAGAUCACCUUCAUCAAGUACACGGCAAACAUCAUCGUGCCAGUUCUGGUUACAGGUGUCGUACUGUAUCCUUUCUUGCUCUACAUCAUCUUCCACGACGAAUCUCUCAUUCCAUCUUCUAUCAAGAUGGAGGAUCUCCCAGAUGAACUCAAGAACAAGAAACCAGUCAACCCAAACAUCCCCUACGCCAAGGGUGCUCCGGAAGACAAUGAAAGAGAUCCUGAUGAGACCACUGAAGAAGAAAAGGUACAAGGACUCGAAGAGAUUCUGAAUCCCUUCCUCGACAAGAGCGGUGCAAUGUUCGGCGCAGCCAUCAUGGCAGCAACACUAGUGACCGUUCUCGCCAUCAACGCCGCAUCUCAAAGCUCGCACGAACGACCAGUCUUCUGGGUCACACUACCGGCUGCCACAAUCAUGCUAAUCUUCGACCUCACAAUGGGCUGGCGCAACCGCGAAGAGACGCGCAAGAUCGCGCACGAAGGACGCCAAAGAGCAGAAACCGCACAGGCCGAAAGAGAAGAAGCAAGACGCCGUUCCAUCGUCCAAGGCAGCCUAGACAUGCACACGCUAAACGAAAAACCACACUCCCUCUCCGAAGUACCCGCCCACAUCCUCCACACCAAAGCCCCCGAACCCACCCCAACCUCCUCCGACAGCGAGAAAUCCCCACACUCUCACAACAAACCCGAACCCACCACCCUCUCCACCCUCAUCACCAACCGCUACAAAUGGGCGCAGGAAACUUUCCCAACCACAAUGACAGUCUUCCACCACCUACCCCUUGCCCUCGUCCCCUUUGCCUUUUGCAUGUUCGUCCUCGUCCAGGCCCUCGUCACAAAAGGCUGGGUCCCCGUCUUCGCCCACGCCUGGGACCACUGGGUGGAGAAAACAGGCACCGUCGGCGCAAUCGGCGGCAUGGGCUUCGUAUCCGUUAUCCUGUGUAAUUUUGCCGGCACGAACAUCGGCACUACGAUUUUAAUCUCUAGGGUCGUGCAGGCGUGGCAGGAGAUUCAUGUUAGGAAUGGGAUUCCGAUUUCUGAUCGGACUUUUUGGGGCACCAUUUAUGCUAUGGCGAUUGGUGUCAACUAUGGCGCGUUUAGUUUGGCGUUUAGUGCGUCGUUGGCUGGAAUGCUGUGGCGCGAUAUUUUGGGUCGAAAACACAUUCGUGUUGGUGGAUUAGAGUUUGCACGCGUCAACCUUCCUAUUAUUGCGAUUACCAUGGUUGUUGGGCUUGUUGUGCUGGUUGCGGAGAUUUAUAUCAUGAGGACUGAUGCGCCGUAUAGCUAA